AUGCUGAACGUGUGCGCGGACCUGGUGCAGUUCGAUCAGUACAGCCUGCAGCUGUACAACUAUGCCAUGGUGGAGCGGUUCCGGUCGAACCAGUUCUUCAACUACGGCAACUUCGUGGCCGACUCGCGCACCCUGUCGCGCUUCUUCAAACCGUCGGGUGGACCGGGCGGUAUGGAUUCGUCGACGGCGGCUGCGGCGGCGGCGGCGGCGGCCGCCGCAGCCGCCGCAGCUGCUGCCACCGGUGGUGCCCUGCUGGCCAGUGACGCCAGCGGCAAGGGGCUUGGCUCGCAAGCGCCCAAACCGCAGUACAGCUACAUCGGGCUGAUCGCGAUCGCGAUCCUCAGCUCGCCGGAGAAGAAGCUCGUCCUGUCCGACAUCUAUCAGCACAUCCUCGACAACUACUCGUACUUCCGGAGCCGGGGCCCCGGCUGGCGCAACUCGAUCCGCCACAACCUGUCGCUCAACGACUGCUUCAUCAAGGCGGGCCGGAGCGCGCACGGCAAGGGCCACUACUGGGCCGUCCAUCCGGCCAACGUCGAGGACUUCCUCAAGGGGGACUUCCGGCGGCGGAAGGCGCAGCGCAAGGUGCGCCGCCACAUGGGGCUCACCUCGGACGACGACAUCUACGACAACAGCAGCCCGCGCCAGUUCGCCUUCGCCACGAUCAACACGCCGCCACCGGUGGCACCGCAGCCACAGCCACUGUCGCACCAGCCGCCGUCGGCGGUCUAUCUCGGUCCAGCCUGUCUGACACCGUCGGCCGUCAGUGCGACGGCUACCUCGGCUUCGGCGGCUGCGGCGGCGGCUGCAGCGGCGGCUGCUGCGGCGGCAGCUGCUGCCGCCGCGACCGCUGCCACCGGUACAUCCGCCGCCGCCAGUCUCCAGGAUCAUCAUCAUCCCCAUCCCCAUCCCCAUCAUCAGCCGCCACCACACCAUCACCAUCUGCAUCAUCAGCAGCAGCAGCAGCAGGCCGUAGCGUUGCUACAACAUCAGCAUCAAGUGCAACAGGCACACCAGCAGCAACAGCAACAGCAACAGCAGCAUCUCCAUCAGCAUCAUCAUCAACAUCAACACCACCAUCAUCACCACCAUCAUCACCAUCAAACGACGGCCGCCGCCAUCAUCACCAUGCGGAACACGAUGGAAAGCUUCUCGCGCAAGCGCCAGUUCGACGUGGAAUCGCUGCUCCGGCCGGACGAUGGUUCCGAGGACACACCGCCCCCCAGCGGCGGGGCGGCGGCGGCGGCGGCUGCUGGGGACGGUGGUUACAAGCGGCCCCGGGCCGGCCUGUCCCCGCCCCCCGCCCUGCCACCACCGUUUGGCCAUAUGCCACUGUUGGCCGGUGGACCACGGGCCCUAGCGCGGCUCCCGAAAGCCACCACCACCAAGGCUGUCACCGUCACAGCCGCCAGCUCCCCGCCACCACUCCGGUCUCCUCCGACUCCGGUGGUGGCGGCGGUGGUGGCCCACGAACCGAACUAA